AUGGACUUCGCGGCUCUCAUGUCCAAAGAGAUCUCCAAGGCCAAGGGUGACUCGAAGUCAUCUGGCCCUGGUAAAGACAAAGACAACACUCCCGAACCUACGAAGAAAUAUAUGCGUCGAGGUGAAGUUGAAGCAGCUCGAGUAGCAGCCUACAACGAGGAGCAGGAGCGAGCAGAGCGGGAUCGUCAAGAGCGCCAGGCCAACAAACGCAAGCUGGAGGAGGACGAGGCCGAUCGCAAGCGCGAACGCGAGGAGAAGAAGCGCAAAUUUGCCGAGGAGUCAAAGAAACGACGUGAGGAGGAAGAAGAGGCCGCUGAGCGUGAACGACGACGAAAGCUCGGCUUGCCUGAGCUGCCUUCUAAGAGUGACGCUGAGCAGACACCGGACAGUGCAGAGGCAGAGGAUAUUGAGGAGGAUGAGCUUCUCGCAAAGCUCCGGGAGCUUGGUGAGCCCGCCCGCUUAUUCGGCGAGAACCAUCAAGCUCGAUUUCGUCGUUACCGCCGCCUCGUCCAGAGAGCUGCUUCCAAGCAGAAAAUUACCGAUGGCCCCAUCCCCACGAUAUUAGAACCGGUACCCGGCGCGAAAAUGAUUAUUCCAGCCAAGAUCCCGAAAGAACAGGACGAACGGCUAUUCUUGCUGCGUCAGCUUGGUUCUUACUUCAACAUGGUACUUUCAGAGUGGGAGUUGGCCCUUGCAAAGCGCGAUAUAAGCGUGCGCCAAAGUUUCCAGGGAAAGCAGGCGUACAAUGCCAUGCUUCAGUCACGCGAGAAUAUGAAACCGCUGUUCCGUCGCUUGGAAAAAUCAGACCUCGAGGACGGUCUACUUGAGCCAAUCGUGGAGAUUGUGCACAAGGCGCAGCAACGCAAAUAUGUUGAUGCUAACGAUGCAUAUCUGCGUGUGAGCAUUGGUAAAGCUGCCUGGCCUAUUGGUGUGACCAUGGUUGGUAUUCACGAGCGAUCCGCCCGCGAGAAACUUCACCAAAGCGAUCAACAAGCGCAUAUUCUGAGCGACGAAGCCACCCGGAAAUAUCUGCAGAGCAUCAAACGUUUACUGAGCUUUGCUCAAGUGCGCUGGCCUCCCGAGGAUCAGCUCCAGGUCAUGGGCUAG